AUGGCUCUCGUGUAUGGGAAGGGAAAGAUGCAGAGCAUGAACCGAAAAUCUUUUGAAACUGGAACGAUCCGUCUAUUUGAUCGCACAGACUACUACUCUGUCCACGGGCAGGAUUCUCACUAUGUCGCAACACACAUCUUUCGUAUCAACUCCGUCCUCGAGUAUCUAGGUGCUGGAGGCAAGGCUAGUGGUCUUCCGAGUGUCACGCUCAGCCCACACCCUGGCACACUCAAAUCUGGGUGCCAACGCCUGGGCAGGGAAGGAAAGCUUCCAAACGAUAAAGUUGCCAUUCUCAAGGAUUCUUUAGCCGCUAUUGGACGACGCAUCGAGAUUGUUCUUCAGAAUAAACAAGCCGCUGGAGAGGACCGAGAGCGAUGGCGUCGACAUCUUUGGGCUUUCAUAACACUUUUCUGGCCCAAGAAAGUCAAGGCAUCGAAAUUGGAGGACAUUCAUACCAAAAUGGUGAUGAAGGAAGCUGCACCACGAGCGUCUGCGGGAGCCUCGACGUCUGCUGAGAAGCCUCGGCCCAUUACAGGUGGCAAGAGCAAUGGCACACCAUCUACCACGACGAAGGCCAAUGGCAAAGCCCAUUGAUAGUACUUCAUUGAUAUUUUACUCAUACUCACUCUUGUGCUUUGGAUCUUACCCCCGUUUUUGCUUUCACGCUCUCUGGCUAUCACGAUUAACUUUCUUAAGUCAGGUUGCAAUAUUCCACGAUUCCUUUAUCCUUUAUGAUGCAUGUAUCAAAUUAUCAAUUAGU